AUGGCGGCCGCCGCUCCCCUCACGGACCCUCCCAGGACCCCGGGACCCCAGGACCCCCGGGAACCCUCCGGGGUCUCUCCCAACGCCGCCGCCCCCUGCGCCCCCAACCCGCUGUUCACCCGGUGGCUCCGGGAGUGGCAGGACGAGGCCCAGGGGACGUGGGCGAGGGGCACCUACGAGAGGGCCCUGCGCUCGCUGUCGCUGUUCCCGCUGCGGCUCCGCUCGGGCCGCUCGGCCUCGAUCCUGCGUCACUUCGGCCCCGCCCUCUGCCAGCGCCUCGACCAACGGCUGCGCCAGCACCGCACCGAGCAAGGCCUGCCCCCAACCCCACCCUCAGAGGGGCGGGACCCAGAACCCCUCUUGGCUCCGCCCAAACGCCGCCCCCGAGCGUUCGGCCCUCCCCGCUCAGGGGCCCACGCCCUGCUGGUGGUCCUGGCACAGCUCCACCCCCAGAGCCCGGAGCCCCUCCCACAGGCGGAGCUUCUGCGCCAGGCCCGGCCCUUUGCGAUGACCCCCACCCCGGGGGCUCUGGGUGCCCUCCUGCGUCGGGACCUGCUGCAGCGGAGCGGCCGCCCUCCGGUUCUCGCUGACCCCCGGGGUCAAAUCCUGGCCCAGCGAUUGGCUGCUGGCAUCACAGGCCCCGCCCACCGAGGCCCCGCCCAGGCCCCGCCCGCGCAGCGCCCUGGCGGGGCGAGGAGGAGAACUGCGCCCCUCUCCCCACCGUGUGACCCCGAGCAGGAGUUCGAGCUGAGACCCGGCGAGUUCGACAUCGUCCUGUGCGCCGAUGUCACCGAGGCCAACGGCCCCCCAGGCCCCGUGGGGGUCCCUGCCCUGCUCAGGGCUCUGGGGGUGCCGGUGCUGCUGCGGCGCCUCCACGUCGGGGACUUCCUCUGGGUGGCCCGGGAGAAGGCCCCGCCCACAGGCCGCGCCCCGCGGGAGCUGCUCCUGGACGUGGUGGUGGAGCGGAAAUCGGCGGCGGAUUUGGGGAGCAGCCUGAGGGAUGGGCGCUACCGCGAGCAGAAGUUCCGCCUGCGCCGUUCCGGGCUCCGCUGCCCCAUUUACCUGCUGGAGGACCCGGGAGGGGGA